AUGGAAUGUCUCGCCGUUGUAUGGGCAGUUAAAUAUUUAUUAGAACAAAAAUUUGACCUUAUCACCGGUCAUGUUGGACUCGCCUGGUUUAUCAACAAAUCUUUACCCACUGGACGAAGUAUGAGGUGGAUAACAACACUUCAAGAAUACGACUUCGAA